CGCCAUUUUCCGUCAAGCUCAAGCCCAAUCAAGGUAGCCUCUGUCAGUCGUUGUGUUUGUGUUUAUUGAAUGGUGUUGUGAAAAAUUAUCUGUAUCGAUGAAUAUCAAUGGGAAAUCGUGAUUACGACGCCAAACGAUGGGUCGAUUGUUGUGUCUGUGGCUAUAGUGUAUCGUUUCAAAAGUGAUAAUGGCCGAGUGAAGAGGUAAAGUGCAGUGUGUUGUGUCGUAUGCGGGGCUGUCACGAUAGUGAGGCCCUUUCUCUGGAUAUCUGGUGUUCAAGACGUCGGGUACGACGGGAAGGUGACACACCAUGUCUUCGAAGAACGUACCAGGCGAUAAGAUAAACCUGCGACUGAUCCUGGUAUCGGGCAAGACGAAGGAGUUUGUGUUCAACCCGGCCGACUCCGCCGGGGACAUCGCGAUACAUGUCUACGACAAUUGGCCCGAGGCGGACUGGGCGACAGAGUGCGUUUCCCGUGCAGAAAUCCUGCGAUUGAUCUACCAAGGCCGUUUCCUUCAUAGCUCGGUGACGCUUGGCGCACUAGGCCUGCCUCUCGGCCGCACCACUGUCAUGCAUCUUGUGCCGCGCGAACAUUUGCCUGAACCUAACUCCCACGAUCAACGGCAAAAGAGCAAAGGCGGGUCUAGCAGUUGUUGUUCAGCGUCGUGCUGCAUUUUGUAAUGGCGACGGGUGCGGCCAGCCGGACUCUAAUGUGUUCAGUGACGUAGCCCGACGCUCGACAGUAUUCAGACUUGUGCUGUUUUUAAAUGAAGCCAAUACGUACCUACACAAACUUAUCAGACUUUUAAUUCUUUAUGUACCACCAAGAAUUCCAAUGAAAUUGUAAAUCAAUUACGCUAUUUAAUUUUGAUCACACCAAAAUUGAAUACGGUGAAAAUUAACAACAUAUACGGUCCCUGUUGAUCAGGAUAUUUAUGCGAUGUUAAGAAUGCUUUAAACUGGGUCUUUGGGAGAGAUGAUUGAACGUAUGCACCUAUAAAGUCUGCAUUUAUUAAGCUAGAACAAAGUCCCGGAGAGUAAAACUCUAGACUAACGAAGUUGCAUAUAAUGUUGGACAAUAUAGGUAUAAUUCAGAAUAUGGGGCGGAGCGUUUGAUACAAAUUUUCUCUAAAUUAUAAAGCACAAAAUUAUAGUUAAAAUUAAACGCACAUACGCUUCGUUUGAAAAUAUCGCAAGUCUAUUAGAAACGUCACAAUCUCAUUUAACAAUUCAGGAUAGCUUUUUAAGCGUUUGUAUAUGUCACCGCGUACGUAGAUCGUAUAGAAACAUGCUGCCGAAAUGUGUUUAAUGUUUAGAAAUUCGGAUAAGGACGUGGUAGUAGUUGGCGAUGUCUCCAAUGGAUUUGCAGUUAGCCCGGCUGUCGGCAAAAUACAAAUUCUUAGUAUUAUAAUUUAGGCCAUUUCUGUACUAAGGUCAUUGAGAAUAGUUCUGUUUGAUGUUGCAGAGGUCUGUUUGUUGAAACAAUGUUGCAGUGAACAUAAGCUCAGACGUAUAAUCUUUUAACGUCAAAUGGAACUUGGCUCAGGGUCGUUAUUUUACAUGAAUUUAUAAGCAUAUAACGUUAUUAUGGAGGUUAUUUAUAAAAAUUUAAAAUGACAAAUUUAGUAGUGAAACGAUCGGAGUGUGUAAAUUACUCUCAUUUGCAAUGUAAAUAGUAUAUUUGGUAAUUUAAGGCGUCUAUGGAUUAUUUUUAUUUGUGAUAAGUUCUUUGCAAUAAAUUGGCAUUUUAUUAAAUUUGUGAAAUUGCUAUUUACUGCGCUAGGUUGUAGCUUGUAAUGAAAUUAUCGGUGCAACUGGAAAUGCAUAGGUUUAUUGGAAAAAUAAAAAUAAUAACACGAACACAGCGACUGUCUGGUGAGGAUUAAGGUUGAUGAAAAUUGUAUAAACUUUGGAAAUGUUAGUUGUAAAAUUACUUGUCCUGCUUUAGAAAUUGUACCCAUUACAACACAUACCGCUUUCCAAUGUAAUUAUCAAGUGUUAGACGCUGCAAGCGACGCUUUGCGCUUCUCAAUUGCGUUGUACCAACAACUAAACGUUCUCUGUUAUUUUACAGGUUUUUUUAUGCCUUAGCGUUACCAUAGGCCACACUUUUGUAAAUAUCGAAUAGAGCUUUUAUAUUUUUAAUUUACAUCACGCAUCAUUUAGAUCUAUAGUUUAUAUUUGGCAUUUUAUAUCUAGCUAUAGAGUAUUUUUUAUUUUUUAAAUUGGCUUAAGAAUUGAGUUUUCAUCUAAACGAUUAUUUUGGCUUAGCCUUAAUUUUUGUUGUAAGCUUACAAUUUAAAGUAUCCUCGAAACUUGAUGUUAUAUUUAGAUCCAUCCGGUGGGGACACACAGUGUGCGGUCUUGUACUGUGUUCCAGCGAAAUACUUUGUGAUAGUACAAAUAAAAUUUAUUUACUCAUUGACACGUUGAAAUUAAGAGCUCAGUGAUAGCACACUUUAACAGUAUUAAGAGGAACUAAAAUAAUAUAUUUACCGAUCAAAUUGCCACCGUAUUCCAAGCGCAGACUGAGAUAUAUCUUGCCAUUGGGAGAUUUUUUAAAUUACAACGACUCGUGGGAUGGGAGGCAGGCGUUUUUGGAUUUGAGAUUUAAUUUUGAACAUUUCAAUGCCGUGAGAAUGUUUUUUUUAUUUUGGUUGCUCUGUUUAGUUGCUGUAUGUACGUAUUUUGUUAAGUUGUGUAUAAAAUACCUAGUUUAUAAAUAAAAUUAAUGCGACUUUAUUUUGCAUGUUUUAUUUUUGAAUCAGCUUUUUUUAAGGUGUCCUUUGUACAUAAUCGCUUGGAUAAUAUUUUCGAUUGAAUAUAAAAAUAAUGUUUCAAUAAAUAGUGGCUUUUGUAACAUUCUCGUGGGGCUGGCUAUGAUACGUAUUGGUUUGUUAACUUGUUACAAUAGCUAUCACGGAUAAGAUUAUUUCGAAGCGUGAACAAAGAUUAUAGGAUUUCAUCGCACUUCUAAAUGAUAAAUUAUUUCUAGAUAUUCGUAAUUAAAACAAAAACUUUUGUUUUAUGAUUAUAAGAAUCACUAGUUUGUUUUUUUCUCUUCAAAGGAAAAUAAUAAUGAUUAUAGACAACACAUUCAAUUUCUAAAGG